GUGGGCGUGCCGCUCUCGGGGUUACUAUGCCAAGGCGGGGCGUCCCGACCGGCCGGGCGGCCGCGCAGCCGGCCGGCCGGCGGCGCCCGGCACCACAGCCGACAGCCGCCCCUCCCCACGGGCCGCGAGAAACAGUACGGCUAUAAAAGAUGGCGCCCACAACGGUCGCCAGUAUCCGCUAGAGUCGCGUCUACUCAACAACCGCAGAGAUGCAGUACGCGGCGGUGUUGGUGGUGGCCGUGUGCCUACUGGGCUACGUCUAUGGCGAGGAGAAAGCCGUCGAAGAAUCUGAGGCCCAGGAGCGGCUGAUCCUGCUCCGGUCCACCUUCACCAGCAUCCGGCUCUCCAGCACCACUACCACGGUGCCGUACAGCUGCAACAUCACGCCAGCCGCAGGCGUGGCCUGCACCGGCCGCCGCAGGAGGAGGCGCUCGGCGGCCAAGGCCAGCGCCGUGCCCCUGGCCGCGCCCGAGUCCAGCGUGCCGGAGCUGACUGCGUCCCAGGGUGUCGCCAAGACGGCAGCCACCUCGGACGCCAGCGGUCGGCUCUUCUUCACCGUGUGGACGACGUCGUUCUCGACAUUCAUCUCCACCUCGUCCAUCACCAACUUCCUGACGACCGUGUCGUAUUUGCUGGGCUGCACGGCGGCCGGCAUGACCCUGUUGCCCAUUUGCUGAUCGCUGACAAUCGCGGGCCACCGCUCCAGUUACGAUGUUACGACUGAUUUGGUUGUUGUUUGUUAUGCAGUUGCCGCACCAGUUAAUGCCGUUAUCAGAUGAGUCGAUAUCCAUGCCUCAAUAUGUACUGUUGUGUGUUGUACAUAUGCCAACUGAAAAACAUCAAUAAAAAUCAAUACAAUGUA